GUAGGCUUGGACUACAUUCAUAUUUUUACUCAGACGCUUAGAGGAGAGCAUGACUUAUACACACAGAUCAAGGCUAUAUUUGGUGGUUUUGUGCUUUUUGUUCUCUGAAAGAUGCUGGUCAGCGGCUGCCCUGAGUGUGCAGUGUAUGAUCAUCAACCUUCAGUAUGUGGAGUGCACAUGGCACCCAAAGACAUCAGAGAUGAAUUACACCUUCAGCAAUUUAGAGAUAAGACUUCUCACAAAGACUGCCCAGAAUACAUACUGGAACACAAUUACACUAUUGGCUGCAGAAUCCCUUUAAAAAGAAAAGAUGAUCAAUUUUACAAAUUUUAUACAAAUACAUAUAUUGGAGGAAACAAAUCACUUUCUCGAGAUUUUGAUUCCCUACAAAGAUAUGUGCAGUUAAACCCUCCUUAUAACCUCUCAGCGGUAUGGUUUGAACAAAACGGCACACUUGUUCUGCAAUGGAAAAACAGUACUCGUAGCAACUGUGCAGUCUAUAUGGUGCACCAGCAGACAGACACAAUCCAGGCAAAGUUCACUAAUGUGACAGGAACAUCAUACACUCCAACGCACAUAUCACCAAAUAAACAUAAUGUUUUCCGGGUGAGGAGCACCGUUUCGGAUAAUUGUGGACCUUCAGAUUUCUGGAGUAACUGGAGUGCUACAGUGGAGUGGGGCACUGCAGAAAACAUCACGAGGUGGCAAGGGUUACUUGGUAUUUUGCCAGUCUUGCUGCUAUUACUAUUGGUGUCGUUAUUGUGCUACUGUGAGAGGAAAAAGAUCACCUUACUUCCAAUAGUGCCUGACCCUAGCAAGAACUUACAGGAUUUGUUCCAUAAACAUGAUGGAAAUGUUGAGAGCUGGGUUUACAUCUCUAAAGAGCUAAAGGAAGCUUUUGAUCCAGACUAUACAGAGCCUUCCUGUGAUGUGUGUGAGGUUACACCCCCUUGUGAUGUCAGUGCUACACCUGUGGCCACUCCUACCUCUGAGACUGACACCUGUGAUAGGACAAACAGUGAAGAAAUGCCUGCAAAACAGCUUAGUUUAUAGGCUAACGUGGUAUAUUUACUGUUCAACUGUGCUGUUAGGCCAUUUUUACUUGGUGUGUUCACGUGCUGAAUGCUCUGAUGCUGUUUUCUAUUCAUAAUGUUAAUACAAUAUUUUCUGUUUGAGCAUGCUGAUGUUUAAUAAAUAAAGGGAUUAACAAAGACAUUGGCUUUAUGUAUACAAUUAUUUUGUUUGUUGGAUAUAUGCAUGUUAAUAUAUUUAGUUUGUAACUUUUUGAAUGAAUUUUAAAACAAUAAAAAAAAACUAAUUAUUGCAAUAUAAAUUUGUUAUUGUUUAAUCUUUCUCAGGCCAAGAAUAAUUUUUUCCUCAUCACAGGCUACUUUUUCUUCUCUUGUUCCGUGUCAUUGUGACAUCACUGUUCUAAAGAUUAUGUUACAGUAAUUUCUGAGCGUUGUUACACCAGACAGCAUCUUAAAAAGUAACCAGCAGCCAGUGUUCAGUUUCUUUAGCUUUCUGCAAUAAUGUUUGUUAAAAUUGAACAUGGAGGUAAGAUGCAUUCAUUUCUUGUUGUUGUCAUAUACCGGUAGGAUUAUUUAAAUGUCAACAAAAUAAAGGCAAUCUACAUUUUUAACUUAAAAUAUGUUUUUUUCAUUUUUCUAUUUGAUAUAUUCUGGUUUUUUAUUGUAUGACAAAAAGCUGAUGUGAUGUUUUUAUCUUUAGAAAGUAAAGAUUUCCUUGUCAACAUCGAUUGUCAAGUGGGUUUCUUCAUGCAGUAUAUAAGAACCAGAUUGGGACUGGCAGAGUCAGGUAUCAACACCUCCCUUAGUAUAUGCAGAGGUUAUGUAUAAUCGUCACAAUUACAUGAAUGAAGUUAUACUGUGAAGAUUCUUUUGUUGAAUUGAAUGAUAAAUAUGCGUUGAUGGUCAGCAGAGGAACUUUAGGGAAAUUAUAUUAGGUUCUUUCUAAUAAAUACUUUUUCUUGUCACAAACACAUAGGAAUUGUACAUAGUAUAGUUUAACAUCGAGUAAAUGACUUAUGUCACUGUGAACUGUACCUGAGAGUAGGUCAGACUGGCUCAUCUUUAGGUCAGAAAAGGUUAGGUGAGAUCAGUGUGCCUCUUCAAACUCCCAUAACCUCAGUGCAGGAGCUCUGGUGUUAAAAUUUCACACUAUCUCUUCACACAUACUACUAAAACAGUGUCUUGUUACAUCUGUGGCAUGUUAGGGAUGUUACCUGGAAGCUUAAUAUCUUCAUUAAUAGAGCAGUCAUUACUCUUGUCAUUAACACUAUUCUUCUCCAUAAUGCGUCUGCGGUCCUCUGUUAAGCUGUGAAGUAAAAUGAUGCAUAGAGAAAGGAUACUAUAACACUUUGACACCUAUCUGAAAUUGUAUCCCUUAAGAUUGUCUAUCCUGAAGUGUGUGUAUGUGUGUGUUUCUCUCUGUGUGCUGUUUAUUUCUAUAGAUACUUAUUUCUAUACAUUUUUAUUGUUACAUUCUUAAGUUGUUAUAUUUGCUCUGUAAGCUUCUGUCAUCGAAAUUCUUUGUGUAUGCGCACAAUAAAGCUCAUUGUAAUUCUGAUAUGUGUGUGUUUCAGAGCUCAUAGAUUUGUGUGAUAAUCAAGGAGCAAUGAAAUUUCUCUUCCUAUCCCAGAAUAAACACAGGUGGACUAAUGAACUGCUUAAGCCUAGAGAGACUUUUAUUGUCUGCAGCAUCAACCGUUCUUCUAAUGGUGCAUAUACUUCUGUCACACCCCUACUGUCCGGUGUUGAUUCUGCUUUAUUAGAGACUCUGCAGGGUCAGAUUGGCUGUCUUGAGAGAAGUCGCCUGAAGCAGCUUUGUGUUUUGGAGGUUCAUGUUGCAUCAAAGGAAAGCAAAGCCCCACCCAAAACCACUAAAAAAGGAAAACUACGCAAGUAAAUAAAACCCAGCACCACACUUGGGACAGAAGGAGCAGAGACCGACCCUACAAACCUGAGCUAUAGUAUUCAUGCUUAUGUUACAAUGCCGAGUCUCAGUUUGAUUGAUUAAAAUUACAAACAGGUUCACCAGAAAUGCUGCAUUACUUUGUUUCUAUUUAAAAGCUAUGAUGUUAAUUUUAUUACAUGUAUAGUUCUGGAUCUGAACGUAAUUGGUCAAAACUUAGUGUGUCACUGCAGAGAUGCCAAAUAUUAACCUUUGUUUACAUCAGGGAUGAAAUGUUUUAGUAAAAUAAUGGCACUAAAUUAUUUUUUAUAAUAAAACUAUUUAAGGAUAAAUUGUGUCCGUGAUGCUUU